GUGUGGGGGGGUGUUCUCUGUGUGUGUGGGAGGGGUGGUGUACACGUUGUGCCUUUUUGGCGAUCCUGUCCUGGCAGUGAACUCGCAGCAGAUGUACCGUGAACCCUGAACUUUGUGCAAUACAUAGCGACAUUUAAAAAAGAGAAUGACGUGGCACCCACCCCCGCACCAGAGAGAGAGAGAGAGAGAAAAAAAGCUUAUAUUUUUUCUUUCAUAAUGCGUUUAAACCGACGGUGAUAGCGGGAAAACAGCAAAAGGUGCGCUCACCGUCAUAUUAAAAUAAUGUAAGGCAUAUGAUCCCAGGAAUCCUAUUACUGUCUAUGCAACAACAACAACAAGGCAGCAAAAGAGAAGGAAUGGGUUUGCUGAUAACCAGCCCCAUCCAGUGCCAAAUACGCAAAUCUGGCGCAAAUGUGAAACCUGAAAACAGUUCGAUCACAUCACAAGCUCAGGCUCCUCGGAUGGAAUAUAAUCUGUCGAACGGGGUUUUGACCGAUUCGGACGCUCCGGACCACAGUCCUAUGACUCUGUCAGACUCCGGGACCCCACAACGAGAGAAGAUCUGCAAAACACAACACGAGAGUAGCGACAAUGAAAAAUCUCAGCAAAUUCAGACUGACGAUUCUGAUUCAAAAGAUCCCUCCAUCAAGAAAAANCAGAGGCGCCAAAGGACACAUUUCACAAGUCAACAACUUCAGGAACUGGAGGCAACUUUUCAAAGAAACCGAUAUCCUGACAUGUCAACCAGGGAGGAGAUCGCUGUUUGGACAAAUCUAACUGAGGCACGAGUGAGGGUAUGGUUUAAAAAUCGCAGGGCAAAAUGGAGGAAAAGGGAACGGAACCAACAAGCAGAGCUGUGUAAAAAUGGCUUUGGGGCACAGUUCAACGGACUCAUGCAACCCUACGAUGACAUGUAUUCAGGUUACUCCUACAACAACUGGGCGACCAAAAACUUGACGACGAGCCCUUUAUCAGCCAAGAGCUUUCCAUUCUUCAACUCCAUGAACGUCAGCCCCUUGUCCUCGCAGCCCAUGUUCACACCCCCCAGCUCCAUCACCUCCAUGACCAUGCCGACCUCCAUGGUCCCAUCAGCUGUGACCGGAGUGCCAGGCUCCAAUCUGAAUAAUUUAAGCAAUCUGAACAACCUCAACAACCCUUCACUCAAUUCUGCCGUGCCAGCCAACACUUGCCCCUAUGCAUCCUCUGCAGGUCCUUACAUGUACAGGGACACAUGUAAUUCCAGCCUGGCCAGUCUAAGGCUUAAAGCCAAGCAACACGCAAAUUUUGGCUACCCAGCAGUUCAGAACCCAGUUUCCAACCUGAGUCCGUGUCAAUAUGCUGUGGAUAGACCUGUAUGAACCCAAUGUUUUCUAAAAAAAAUCUGUUUAACCCCAAAUAUAUAACCUUUCACCCAUCAAUGUAUAUCACCAGUCCUUAACAGCGCUGGCUAAAAUGUUACACGUUCCGUUGAGAAGAUAAAUUUCCUUUUUUUCCUUCAUGAGGACGGGUUUAGAAUGCUUUCAUUGAGGAGUGUUGUUAUCUAUGUAAUAAGAUAACUAUUGCAAAUAAUUAUUUGCAAUGCAAGUUGAUAUACAAUUCGAAAUAUGCAUGACCAUUACAACUCUGGCUUAUAGGGGACCUACCGGUUGUAAUGCAGGAUAUGAUGUAUAUAAUGAACUUUUUUGUUUUCUUUUUGUAUGUGAUAUAAUAAUCUAUAAAGUAGUACUUUGAAAAGUAAAAGGCAUGUCCUCCAACAGCUGAUCUACGAUCACUUACGCCAUGAGUAAAUAUAGAUUAGAAAUGUAAAGGCUAACCUGCUGUGGAUUAUUUCAAUAAUGCAAACACAUGCACGCGAAUGUCUCUGUUAUCCCUGCACCCCAAUAAUCAAACAAAAGCUGAUUUUUUUUUCUUUUGAAUAUACCUUUCCAGAAUUUGGUUCAGCAGAACACUAAAUUUAUUUACCUGAAUUAUAAGACAUAUAUGUACAGUUUUCCUUUACACCCCAUUUUUUGCAGUGUAUCUUGUGAUCUUAGAUUUGCUGCAGCAAGUAAUAUAUUAUUUCCUGUGGGUUUUUAAUUUGUUGCGUUCUUAAUAUUUGUAACUGUUUGACUCCUUGCUUGAAGCUGACGGCAAUGCCAUUUCUAAUUUCUGAUUCUAAUCUAUACAGUGCGCAAUAUUCUCCAAGAAGGCCAAAGUUUAUGGACAAGAAAGCUUGAUUUGCACUCUGGCUAAUGCUUAAUAAACAGAUUCUACAAUUUC